ACCCUAGUACCAAUUUUGUUUAGGUUUGGGGCCAGACAGAAGACAUUAAUUUUAAACAAAGGACCCAGACCACGCUCUUCAGGACAUUCAUCCCGGGGUCAAACAAAGCCGCGUAGCUUACCAGACAGCCGAGUGAAAGUUUUCCAACUUGUCGCGCCCCAACAUCCGUCGCGACCGGACGACAUCAUGAACAAGCGCAACCAUAUCCGCCUGCCGCCAGAGGUGAAUCGGCUACUGUAUGUGCGCAACUUGCCCUACAAAAUAACAUCAGAUGAAAUGUAUGAUAUUUUCGGCAAAUUUGGUGCAAUACGUCAGAUACGUGUUGGCAACACACCAGAGACACGCGGCACAGCCUUUGUGGUGUACGAGGACAUAUUUGAUGCGAAAAACGCCUGCGACCAUUUAUCCGGCUUCAAUGUGUGCAAUCGCUAUCUGGUUGUGCUCUACUACCAGUCGAACAAGGCCUUCAAGCGUGUCGACAUGGACAAGAAGCAGGAGGAGCUGAAUAACAUCAAGGCCAAGUACAAUUUGAAGACGCCAGAGGCACCCUAGCCACGGUCGUAGGCGUGGCCACAGGCGUCCGCAAAUUGGUUCACUUUUUCCACAGUUUCGAACACUUCUUGAUAUACAAAAAUUUUGCUAUCUACUUGUAGAUUUAUUUUGAUCACAUUUAAGUAUCAUUUUAAUCUAAACUCAUUGUCAUCCUCCAUCCAACCAUCCAUCACUCCAUCUAUCAUAUGAACUGGCGGACUCCGCGAAUAGUUUUCCAUGCGUGUCCGCACCAGUUUGCAAUCAUUUGACGACAUUCAACCACUCUCUCAUAAAAUAACAAGCAAGUGAAAGUAAAAAAUACAAAAAAAUCGCAAAAACUUUAA